AUGUCGGCCGUAGAAUCCACCAACGCCGCGCCUGCGGUGGACCGCGAGGAGGAAACUGUUCCGGCCGCAACACCGACCAACGCUGCGGCAACGCCUGGCCGAGAGAACGAAGCGGUCCCGGCCGCAACACCCGCCAACGCUGCUGCAACCGAGGAAGAAGCGGUUUCUGUUGCAACACCCGCCACCGUUGCGGCGACCCCUGGCCGUGAGGAAGAAGCUUCUCCGGUCGCAACACCCACCAACGCCGCGCCUGCGCUGGAUCACGAAGAACAAAUUGUCGCCGAUGAAAAUAGUACGAGCGAGUCCACCCAAAGUGUUACGGCCUCAAUCUUCAACUAUCGCCAAGAAAACGGGAGAACCUACCACGCCUACAAAGACGGCAAAUACACCCUGCCUAACGAUGAGAGGGAAAACGACCGACUGGAUUUACAACACAAUCUUUUCCUCAUCACGUUCGAUGACCGACUUGGAAACGCGCCGCCCAACGAUCCGGGUGCUAAGGUGGGACGCGUGCUCGACGUAGGCACCGGCACCGGCAUUUGGGCAUGUGAGUUUGGCGACGAGCACCCGGAGGCGGAAGUGCUCGGUUUUGAUCUCUCCGCUACAUUCCCAUCAUUAUUUGAGGUCGACGACUUGGAGGAACCCUGGAUCUAUUCGCGGAAGUUCGACUACAUUCACAGCAGAAUGAUGAACGGCUGUAUCGCAGACUGGGAUGCCUACGCGAGAAAGUGCUUUGAUAAUCUCAACCCCGGCGGAUGGCUCGAAAUCAACGAGAUCUCUUUAAUGCCGAAAAGCGAUGACGGCACUCUCAAGGACGACGCCAUGAUCUUCAGAAUGGCCAAGCUGGUGAGAGAGGCAACUAUCCAAUUUGGCCGCGUCGCCACCGACAUGGAGGACAUUAAGGAUGUCCUGAUCCGAUCAGGCUAUGUUGAUGUUAAAGUCCUGAAGUUUAAGUGGCCCACGAAUAUGUGGCCCAAGGAUGCGAGAUACAAGGAGAUUGCCAAGUGGUCUCAGGAAAAUAUCUUGGGAGGCUGGGAGCCGUUAUGCCUAGCGACAAUCACCAGAGCCCACGGCUGGACGAAGGAGGAGGUACUGGUUGGGACCAUGCACUGCCGCAAUGAGUUCAACGACAGGAGCAUCCAUGCGUAUUACCCCGUGUACUCGGCUUUUGGCAGGAAGCCAACUGAAGCAGAGGUCGCAGCGACCCCCUAG